UGUUUAUCAAAAGCAGCAGAUGUAGACAGCACUGCUGAAACAUCAACUCAGCCUGUCCUAAAUCUGUGUUCUUGGAGUCCAGGAAAACAGAUUUCACAAUCACAUGAACAAAAUGCAAAGUCUGCUUGUGUUAAAGAUUGGAAUGAGGGACCCAUAGUCACAACAGAAAUUAAAAUAGAUUUAUCUUCACAAGUAAAUGGUGUCUAUUUAGACAUACAUUCUAAAAACAAUAUCAGUAUUUAUGAUAUUAUUGAUUCUGCAAAUAAUGUUUCUUCACAGCUGACUUAUCCUGAAGAAAACCAAACUAUAUUGAUUAUUGUUUUAUCCUGUUUUCAAAGCUGUAAUGAGAAUGACAUUAAGUGUGUCACAAAUGCAAGUGUGUUAUAUAUAUUGCAUAAUGUCAGUCAGACCAAUGACAUAGUACUUUAUAUAAAGAAUAACUACACAGUCGAUGUUUACUUGGAACUGUUAACAUCUGAAACAGAAUUUCAGGAUCUACUCAUUUCAGCUGGAGAAUGGAAUUCAAUAAACUUUGGGAAAACUCUUAUUUAUAAUGCUCCAACACUAUUGACCUUUGUGGUAAAUGAUGGUAAAGAAAAUCGGACAAAAAAUUUAAACUUAAUAUUUAAAGAGUCCUUGUCAGGUCUUUAUGUUGACUAUAAAGACACAGUCACAAUUGGUGAAGACAGCUAUGUUACUGCUUCUGUAUAUUCUGGGAGUGAUGUUAAUAUAGAUUUAUACCUUUUGUCUACAGUGGAUGAUAAAGCUUUUAUUCAAAGCAUUGUGACAAGCAGUUUGAUAUUUCAGUACUUGUUUCAACCUAGUGUUGAGUCUGAUUAUACAUUUCUUGUGAAUGCUACAUCAAGUUGUGAACAAAAUUUGAUUGAAAUUUUUACUUUAAAAGCUGAGUUUCCAGAAAUUUGCCAUAGAAUAGAGCCUAUAACAAACUAUACAGUGGAAGACAUCGAGACCAUUGAUAUAAAUGAGCCAAUUUGUGUUAAAGACUGGAAUGAGGACCAGAUCUCUGUAAAUGAAAUCAAUGUAGAUUUAACGUCUGAAAAUAUUGGUGGCUACGUCUAUGCACAUCAGGAUUAUAACCAAGUAAAAAAUGAGAUUCUGUCACAUUUUGAUCACCAAGGAGUUCUGAUUCUUGGAGAAAUCAAAUCAAUCUUCAUGAUUAUCUUAUCCUGUUUCCCAAACAUGGACCAGCUAGGAAAUAAAACAGUCUUUAACAAUAGUGUCUUCAUAUUGCACAAUAGUAGUGAUGCAUUUCAGAAUGUAAUUUUUAUUAAAAAUACAUAUCCUGUAGAUGUUUAUCUUGAACUUUUCAAUGAGACAAGCUCUGAAUUAAUUUUUACUCCUAGAAAUGGUUUUGCUUUCAUCAAUUUUGGAAACUAUUUGUAUUACAAUGUUCCAAGACAAUUGAACUUCAAAGUAAACACGAGUAAACAGUAUUUUUCCAAAAAUAUCAGCUUGAUUUAUAAAGAAGGCUUACUGGGUGUUGAUGUUGAAUACAUGGAUGCUGUUUUGGUAGACAAUGAAUACAAUAUAACAGCCACAGUUCUUUCUGGUAGUGAUGUUCACAUUGAUUUCAGUAUUUUAUUCCCUGUUGACUUUGAUGCUUUGAUUGAAAAUGACAUAACAAAUGAAACAAACAAAAUCAAGGAAAUGAGAUUCAAGCCAAGCUAUAAGUCAAAGUACACAAUACUUGUUCAUGCCAGCUCAUUUUGUAAAGAAGCUUUAGUAGUCAUCAUUAAUAUAUCAGCUUCAUUUCCAGAACUUUGUAACAGCAAUGAGACUGCAGCUCAACAAAAUUAUUUACUGAAGGAAAGUAUAUAUUUUCAGCCACUUUGUAUUAAAGACUCACACAAUGACCAGAUAUUAAUAACAGAAAUCAACUUAGAUAUUUCAACUUCUUCUUAUGGUUUUAACAAUGUCCUGAAUGGCAGCAUUGAAAGUAUGCAGACACUGAUUUCAGAACUAAAUUACCAAAUCUCUCAGGACAAACAGACGAUCAUGAUGAUAGUUUUAUCAUGUCAUCAAAAUGUCAGCCAUCAAACUUAUAACUCUAUUUUCAAUGACACCAUCUACUUAUUACAUAAUAUCAGCCAUACAUUUGACAGCAUAGUUUAUAUAAAGAACGAUUAUAGAGUCAAAGUCUAUCUAGCACUAACUAAUACAACAGACAGUGAGAGUAUUCUCAUUCUACCUGGUGAUACUGAGGCUGUAAAUCUUGGAAACUCUUUAGUUUAUGAAGCUCCAAUUAGCUUUAACUUUAAGGUGGAGACUAAUGAAGGCUUUGUAAGUAGAAACCUGAAUUGGAUCUCUAAAGAGAGUUUGUCUGGGCUUGAAAUGGACUACAGUGAUGUUGCUAUAAUUGGUGAAGAUUACAAUAUAACAGCCACAGUGUUUUCUGGAAGUGAUUUUACAAUAGAUUUCAAUUUGGUGACACCCAUCGAUAUGAAAGCUUUAAUAAAAAACACCAAGUCAGGAAAUGUUACAAAUGACAAAGUAGAGAGCGUACUAUUCAGUCCUAGAUAUGAGACUAACUACACAAUUCUUGUGGAUGUAAGAACUGCCUGCAUGGAAAAUUUGACUGAAACCAUCACAAUAUCAGCUGAAUUUACAGAUAUGUGCUCAAGAAAUGAAAAUAGAACAGCCAUUAAUAACACAAAUUCUUUUGAGUCUGAUGAUCUGUUUGAGCCUGUAUGUUUUAAAGAUGGAAGUUAUGAUCAGAAACAAAUAACAUUUAUCAACAUAGAUUUAACUACUGGCACCAAUAGUGGUUUUAUCUAUGGCCAAAAUGCAAGCACUGAACUAAUCAAGAAUUUGACUGCUAAUGUUUACUGUCCACAAUCUGAAAUGUUUCCAGUGAUAGUUGUAUUUGUUCUAACAUGCAUAGAAACAUUGAAACCUAUAUAUGAAAAUAUACCACCUUUUUUGGAGUUUAAUGAGACCCUCUUCAUGUUACAUAAUGUAAACAACACCUGCAACAGAGUAUUUUAUUUUGAAAACAACUACUUGGCUGAUGUCAGACUAAAACUUUCAGAUGUAACUAAUCAUAAAGAUCUCAUGAUUGAGUCUAAAAGUUUCUCUUCCAUUAAAUUAACAAAGGCUUUAAUGUACGAUUUCACCAAUUUAACAUUCUCUCUGAAAACCAACAAAGAAUCUCAUUCUAUGAAUUUGAGGUUAAAGUAUGAAGCAUUGCAAGACCUUCAAAUACAAUAUAAACCAGUUAUCUUAGUCAAAGAAGUUCUACAUAUAACUGCUUCUGUAACUUCUGGAUGUGAUACAGAGUUUACAUUUGAGAUUAUAUCGCCUGAUAAUAAUGACUCAAUAUUGGCAUAUUUGGAACAAGAAAAACCAACUUCUAAUCUGCAGUCUUCAGCAUUAUUUAUUGCAUUUGAUGAAUUAAACUUUACUAUUGAAGUUGUUGCAAAAUCUUCAUGUGGAGAAAACUUGUCUCAAGUUCUUAUUGUCUCAGCUAUGUAUCCAGAGUUAUGUCUUGAUAAUGGAGCAUCUGUCAGCAUCAGUAAUGGUACCAAGGAUACCAACAAUAAAUCAAUGCCUUUAUGUGUAAUGGACUUGAGUGAAGAUAACAACACCAUAACACAAAUAGAAAUAGAUUUAACAUCUUUGGAACCUGCAAGAUUCAAUGUUAUCCAAAAUGCUAGUUUGGCUUUGUUUCACAACUUAACAUGCUGCAAUGAAUCCACUUUAGGAGAAAAUGUUUUAUAUUACAACAUUUUGCUGUCAUGUCCCAAAUACCAAUUUGAUGGACUUGCUUCAAAUGAAACAAUAUACAUUUUGCAGACAAUAGGCAAAAUUAGUGGAAAUAAAUUUCAUGUUACCAACAAUUAUUAUAAUGAUACUCAGUUCAAUGUUUUAAAUGCAACACUUGGUGCUCAAGAUAUUCUUCCAAAGUCAUUUAUGUCGGACCCAAUCACAGAUCAACUACAACUUUCUUUUGAGCUUACAUAUCAUAGAAAAUUUUAUAAGAAAAAUAUGACACUUAGAUAUCAUGAAGCAAUGACAAGUCUUCUUAUAAAUUAUGAGCCAAAAGUGUUAUUGGGUGGUGAGCAGUGUAGUUUUACAGCAUUAGUGGAGACAGGAGUUACAGUUACUUUUGAUUUUCAAAUAUUAUCUCCAUUAAACAACAAACUAUUGCCAAGCAAUAUGUCUAUCAAAGCUCAAAGUGAAGAUAGAGUUGCCACACUGAAAUAUACACCAGACUUUGUGGGGACUUAUUGGCUAUAUGUGACAGCAACAUCAUUUUGUAGGGAAGUUUUAAAUCGGACAAUACAUUUUGAUGCACAGCUAUGCAUGAAUAGUUCACCAUCAACAGUAUUUGACAUUGAAACUUUUUGGAUUGAUGUAGAACAUUUGCCUUACUGCAUAAUGUCUUGGGAUGACUACAAAACUAACAUUGUUGAGUUCAGUAUUGAUCUUCAACUACAGAAAAUAAUAGGAUAUAAACAUUCUAUUAACUCUACAACUGGAAAAAUGAACAAAUAUGCAUCAUCAUUGAAAUGUUCAAAGAAUGAUGUUCCAGUUCAAUUCAACAUUGUACUGACUUGUUUCUCUACAUCUGACAAUAAUUUUGAUGGCAAUGACAGUUUUUGGUUUAACUCAAGUAUUUAUAUUAUAAGAAGAUUAAACCAUCCUUGUGAAGAGGUGGCAGUUAUCUACAACAAUUACACACUUGAUGUCAAAGUUCUAUACACAGUUCUAUCUGUUUGGAAAGAAAUUGUUAUUCCACCCAAAAAUUUUUCUUCAGUAAUAUUGGAUUCAUCAUUUUCUAGUGGUACUCUUUUGUUUAGUUUCAUUAUGCCUCAUGUUCAAGAACCUUUUGUGAAAAAUCUAAGCUUGAUCCAUUUUGAUGAAUUGAAUGGUCUCAAUGUUUCAUUUGUCAGUGAUGUCCUUGUAGGGUCUUUGUGGAAUGGAACUGCAAGUAUCAAUUUAGGGUUGCAAGUGAAAUUUAGUUUAGUUAUAACAGUACCUGAGAGAAGCACCAACAGAACUAAUGUUAACAACAUCACAAUAGAAUACAUUACAGAUAAGAAGGCUCAAUUUUCUUUCCCUCCCAUGGAUGAGGGCAGAUACUUUAUCAAAGUUAUAGCUACUUCUGCAUGUACAGAAGUUCUGACACAAAAUAUUACUUUCUUUGCUCACUAUGGAAUACAGAAUAGUAAAUUAGAUCUGACUUAUGAAAUUACAAAGCACAGAAAAAAUGUCACUGUCUUUUAUCCCAAAGAUAUUGUUGCAGUAGCCUUGAAAGUUAGUGAUAAAAUUCUGAGUACAAAUACUCCAACACAACCCAACUGUACAAUAAGCUGGGGUGACAAUGAGACACUUCAUGAGGAGAAUGUUAAUUUAACUCCAAAUCAAUCUUCUGGUUACAUCUAUGCCAGAAGUCACAGCUAUACAUUACCAGGACAAUAUACUGUUGAUGUUGAGUGUCAUAAUGUUAUGACUAGAGUUUCAGAUACAGUCAACUUUACCAUAGUAUCUCCAGUAGAUCAAGCUGAUGUGUUUUUAGUCCAAAGUCUGGUACCUUUUAAUGCUUAUUCUACUCGAGGAAUAGGGAAUGUGAGGCUCAUUCAAAACUACAUCUACACAGACUAUCCUGAUUUGAUCAUCACUUUAGACUUUGGGACUACCAACUCAACCUGGAAUGUUACAUUUGUAAAAGACACAUUUGAUUAUUACUAUAGCUAUUCUGAAAAAGGAGAGUAUGAUAUUAAAACUGUAAUAGAAGCAUUUGGGGUCAACAAAACAUAUAAUUUUCAUAUUCGUGUUGGAUAUUUCAUAAACUUUUUGCAAGAAAAGAAAAGAUGGCUUGUUAGAAUCAAAGAACCAUGCACAUUUACAUUAGUGAGAUAUUCAGCCAAUGGUACUUUGAAUGUCAAGUUUUUUAGGGAUGUUAAUGAAAUGGAAACACUUAAUAAGAUAUUUGAAAAUGGAGAGACUGUUAUGAAUGUUACAUUUAAUUACACUGAUGAAACAGUCAGAGAAGCCAAAGCACUGAUAGAAGUGGACAAUAUUACUGAAAUAGAAAGUUAUAAAUUUGAAACAUUUAUUCCUUGCAUUUCAACAUUAGAUUUUUUUGAUGUAACAUAUAGAAAUAUAUCAAAACCUCUAGAAGCCUGGCUAACUACUUUACCUACAAUAAGUGCUAGGGCUGAGAGGACAGUUGAUUGCAAUAUAACUGACAUAUUUUAUAUGAAGUGGCAAGUUUGGAAAAUGGAAAAUAAUUCUUUAACAUAUAACUGGAUUAUGGAAAAUUUAACCCUUGAAAAAACCAUUGUUCAAAACUUUGCAGUCAUUAAAUCUAUUGGAUUUUAUAAAAUUCAACUCCAAAUAUUGCUUGAUCGUAAAAAUGAGAAUGAAACAGAUUUUAUGUAUUUAAAAGUUACAUAUCCACCAAUAGCAGUAAAGAUAAAGUAUGGUCCAUUUAAGCAGGCAAAAGUUGGACAAGAUGUAACUCUGGAUGCAGAAUCUGAGACAAGAAGUCUUGCUCUAAGUUCAUCUAAAACUACUACUAACAAAUAUUUCUACACAUGGGCAUGCUAUUUGUUGAACUCCAAAGAGGAAAUAACUAAAUAUACAAAAGAAUUAAACAGUGGUGUUAGUUUUGUGAACUUAACAAAAUGCAACAUCUCACUAAAUUCAAAAGCUGGAAAAAUUACUGUACCAACAAUAACAUUCUCUUUACAAGAUUUGGUACUAUUUUAUGUCACUGCACAAGAUGAUGAUAGAAGUGGUUCUGCAGGUCAAGUUGUUGAAAUGACUGACUUGGAGCCUAUUGAUGUAGUCAUUGAGUGUGUUUGGAAUUGUAUGGACAAACUAGUCAAAGACUCCAGAACAGUUUUUGAGGCCAAUCUUACCAAUGCAAAUCCCAAGGCAAUCAAAGAAGCUCAAUAUACAUGGUCUGUGAUACAAUAUGUUUUGAAUGGAUUUACAGAGACAGAGAUACAAAUAAAUUCAACUAAUUUAAGUAAUUCAAGCUAUAUAUUUGACACUGAUGGAACAAUGUGGGAAGAAGGUGCAACCUAUUCAAUAUCUCUUGAAGUAGUUCUGGACAAUGAUAUUACAUUGAAAGCAAUGAAAAUUGUCCUUAUCAAUUUUAAGCCAUAUGGCGGAAAUUGUACUGUAGAACCAUCAGAAGGAAAUGCAGCAGAGACUCCAUUUUUAUUUACUUUUCCUGGUUGGAAAGAUGAAGGGAUCAGAACCACACAAAACAGUUCUGUAGAUACUAAUUUUGGACUUAUGUAUGAAGUGUAUCAAGAAACUAAAGCAGGAAUGCAAUUAGUUUAUUCUGGGAAUGAAGUCUCUGCAUCAACUUUUUUGACAGAAGGCAAAAGAGGCCCAAAUGAAGAUUGCUUUGUAACGGUUUAUAUUUUUGAUAUGUUCAGAGCAAAAACCAGCUGUGGUUUAACUGUAAAGGUUAAUAAAGUUCAAAGUCAAUCCGAUAUGGAUAUUGGCAGUUUCUUUUCCAUUGUAGAUAAAAAAAUGAAAUCUGUUGAAAUGAUUGGUGAUCCACUAAAAAUAGCCCAACGAGCAGCUUCACUUUCAACUUUUAUUACUGGACCAGAUAUAAAUUUGUAUGACUCAACAUCAACUACUACUACCACCACCACCACAAAAACUGCACCCACAGAUUAUCAAAAUGAACAAAUCAAUAGGAUCAAUGGUUUUGUGGAAACAGUUAGCAAAGUGGUCCAAUCAGAUUCUGACCUUAAUUCUGGACAAAUUCAAAUCUUUGCAAAUUCUAUGGCCAUUGUGACAACUAGCACAAAACAGUUGACUACAAAAUCAAUGGAGACUGCAUCAGGGGCUGUCAAGACAUUAACAAAUGCCUUAAAAAAUUCACAGUCAAUGGAACUCUCUGCUUUAUCACCUUGUCUUGAAGGUGUACACAACAUAGUCAGCAACAUUUUAAAAGUUCAGGAUUUAGAAUCUAAAAAGCUGUUUGCCUCUCUUAAUAAAAACUAUGAUGGCUACACAGAAGAACAAAUGAGAAUAUUGGUUACACUUGAUGAAGAAGCUCUAAAAGCUAGAGAACAACCAAAGUUUCUUCAGUUUGACAAUAUAGUGGAAAAUGUGACUCAAGCAUGGGAUGAUGUUUUUAAUGUUGUUAAAAAAAUGACAGAUACUGAUGGCAAGUAUGAGGCAGAUGAAAAUAAGUACAAGAUAGCUCUACACAAAACUUAUCUGGAAAAUGUGCUCAACCAGACAGGCAUGAUAUCCCCCCUUGGUUUUACUUUUGAAGGCAUCAGUGACAAUGUAGAGGAAGCUAACAGAGUACAAGUUAAAGCUGUAAAAACAGUUAAUAUCUACACAUAUGGUUUGAAUGCUAAACAUAUUAAUACUGAAAUAGUUAUUGGAUCUGUCCAGCAAGACAAUGGUAACAAACUUAAUUUGUCAAAUCCCACAAUUUAUCAUGAGACUAAUGAGACAACUGAUUGUUCUGUUGAAAAUGUACUGCUUGUCAAACCAACACUUAUACAAGAUGAUGCAUCACAGAUGUUUUAUCACAAAUUUUAUUACAAUGAAAUAUUCCUACAUUUUUGCUUAAAAUUGCGUCCUACAAACCCAUUUUUGUCAUACAAGUUGUAUUUAAAGAUGGAUUUGGAACCAACUGAUUUCAUUUAUGAUUACAGACAAACACUGAGCAGAGAUUCUUUUAAAGCAUGUAAGGGAGUAUGUUUUGAGCCAGGCACUUUCACAAAAUCGGGAAUGAUAUAUAUUGGACUACAACCAUUUAUAGAUACAAAUGAAACAUUAAGCCAAGAGAAUGGAAGGCAAAAACGAGAAGCUACGAACAAUAAUUUGGAAGCUCCCUAUAAAUUUGGAAUUAGCUCUGCUGCUUGCUUGUCAUGGAACAAUGCUCUUAAAGACUGGGAUACAAGUAAAUGCAAGCUAUCUAACCUAACUGGAAAAGUUGCUUGUACUUGUGAUAGUGGAACUGAAAUAAUCAAUGGGAUGUCUUUCAACUUUUUACCAAACACAAUACACUUUGCUACAGUCUUCAGUAAAUUUGAUAUCAAAGGUCAAGGUCUAGUUCUUGGUGUACUGAUUAGUCUCUAUCUACUAUUUACUUGUAUUGCAUUAUGGGCACACUAUAUGGAUAGAAAGGCAAUGUUUCAGUGGGGAGUGUUUCCACUCUCAGACAACUAUGCCUAUGAUGACUACUUUUACUUGAUCACUGUCCACACUGGACUUAGGAAAUCAGCUGGAACUACUUCCAAUGUCAGCUUUGAUUUGUCAGGAGAACAUGGUGAUAGUGGAUUACGCAGAUUAUCUGAUGGUGUUAAAAAAGGUUUCCCUACUGGAAGUGUUUAUCACUUUGUAAUGGCUUGUCCUAGAUCACUUGGGGAACUACAAUUUUUGAAGAUUUGGCAUGACAGCACUGGCAAGGGAAGUAACUCUACUUGGUACUUAAACAGAAUAGAUGUUUUGGAUCUUCACACUGGAAAAAUAUUCUAUUUCAUCUGUGAUGAAUGGCUAGCUGCUGAAUAUGGAAUUGAAAAGAUGAUAGAGACUUCAAACAUUGAAGACUUAGAGAAAAUGAAAAAUUUGUUUUUCACAAAUACAAAAGAACACAUCACUGAUGACCACAUGUGGCUUUCUCUCUUCAUUAGGCCACAGAGGAGCAAUUUCAGCCGUGUUGAAAGAGCUUUGUGCUGUUUGGCAUUUCUGUUAUUGUCCAUGAUUACCAGUGCUAUGUUUUACAAAGACAUUCCUGGCAUUGACAGAAAACAAACAAAGGCAGACUUAGAAUUAGGUGUUAUUCGACUCAGUUAUGAACAGCUCUUUCAUUCAUUAACAUCAGCAGUGAUUACAGCUGUACCCAUGGUUUUUGUCAUGAUGGUAUUUAGAAAAACAAGACCAAAGAAGAACAUCAAUGGGUGUUUAUGUAACAAUAAAAUAAAAGAUAAUUCUAAACAACUCAAUGAAAAUUCAGAUUGCCUGAAUAAAAAAAUAGAAAAAAAGAAAAGCUGUUUACCUUGGAUGACAAAACUGGAGUGUCAGUUAGAGGCUUUGGAGAAACUUUUACUUUUAAAACCAACAGCAGACAGUAUGAAAGGAACCUGGUCACAUCCAUUAAGAUACAUUGCUUGGGUGAUAUUGUUUUUAGCCAUCAUCACUAGCAGUUUUUUUGUCCUACUCUACAGUAUGGAAUGGGGCAAAGAUGUUACAGAAACUUGGAUGUCAACUUUUUUUUUAACUUUCCUACAGUCUUUAUUGAUAGUAGACCCUGUCAAGGUGGUUGUCAUUUCUGUUAUUGUUUCACUUCUACUGCGCAAAGCAAAUGUAAAACAAGUUGAUCAACUGGAUCUUGAGUUAAUUGCUCAAGUGAACAAACAAUACGGAGUGAAAGAAAAAUUUUCUCAGCUGGACAUAUCCUAUGCACCUCCUCUUUCUAAAACUGGACUCAAAGCUGCUACACUGAGACGCAAGAUUCAUAUCAUGAUAAAUAGGCUUAUGAAGGAAUUCAUAAUUCACUUUAUGUAUCUGCUUAUUGUAGCCAGUCUCUGUCAUGCCAACCGCAGCUCUCAAGAUUAUAAUAUGUACAGGGCCAUUUUUCAGCAAGUAGUAAAUGGUUCUAAUUCUAGAUUUUUAGAAAUCAAUUCUUCAGCAAGUUUACUGGAAUGGAUACCAAGAAAUUUCACUUCAUGGCUCUUUCCAGACAUUAAUUUAGUCAGUCCAGAUCAAACACAUUUUACUAAAGUAAAUGACUUGUAUCGUCUAGGUACACCUAGAAUAAGGCAAUUACGUAUGAUUAAAGAACAAUGUUCGUUACAAAAAAUCAAAGUGAAAGAGUGUGUGUAUGGAUAUAGUCUUAGUGGGGAAGAUAUAGACAAAUAUUGUCCAGGUUGGACAGAUAACUGUUCUAGAAAUGAAGAUGGAGAUACUGAUUUUACUGAUGCUUGGAUAUACACAUCAUCUCAAGACAUUUGGGGUCUGCCAAUAGCCGGAGAAUAUGGAAUAUAUGGUGGUGGAGGCUACAUUGCUCAGCUUCGCUUCAAGAAUACAGCUUUACAACUUGUAAAGAAAUUAAAAAGACAGAUGUGGAUAGAUAGACAGACAAGAGCUGUGUUUAUUGAAUUUACACUAUAUUGCCCAAAUACAAACCAUUUUGCUUUUGUGAUUCUUUUGGCAGAGUUUAUGGAAACUGGAGGCAUUUUGCCAUAUUUUAGCAUUUAUCCCUUCACAGUUCAUUAUCCACCAGGAGCACUAGGAAGUUAUCUUCAAGUUUGUCAAAUUGUUGGUACUAUUUUCUUAUUCAUUGGACUGCUUUAUGUUGUUUUUAUAUUUGGUAUGAAGAAAUCUUUGGCAUUUAAAGAUUUCUGGUUCUUGUUGGAUGUGAUUGCUCUUGUAACUGGCAUAUCUGCAGCUGCCAUGAUGUUCCUACGCCUGAAGUUCACCAAGUCAGUUUUGAGUAAGAUAAAAGAAGACAGAGCCCAGUUUGUCAAUAUGUACCAUGUUAUUGUGUGGGAUUCAGCCUACACUUUAUGUCUAGCCAUUUUGGUUGCAAUAGGCUGCUUCAGAUUAUUGAAGUUGGCAAGCUAUUCUGAGAAAACUAUGAAGGUAUUUGUCAUCCUGUCAAAAGCUAUGGCUCUGUUACCAAACUUUUCAAUAUUCCUUUUACUUGUCCUUCUGAGUUUUGUAUUCUUUAGCUGGAUUACAUUUGGUACAACAAGUACCUACUUCAAGAAUUUCCUAUCUACAACUGAAACAAUGUUCACUGGCAUCUUGGGAAAGUCAAGUUUUAAAGAUACCAACUCUCCAAUAUCAGAUCGAUGGAUGAAUAUUUUAUUCUUCUGCAUGUUUGUUGCAUUUGUAGUGGUAUUUCUCAUCAACUUCUUUCUGGCUGUACUCAUGAAUUUGUUGAAAAAAUAUGACCAAAAAAUAUUUGAAGGAGAAAACACAAAAGUUUUUAUUGUACUCUGGGAUAUGUUUAUGGGAAUGAUGGGAAGUAAAAGAAAUCCAUUGGACAGAUUAAAAGGCAAUGACAAUGACAAUAAUCAGGAAGAGGAUCAGGAAGAGAAUGAGGAAGAAUAUCCUUUAAGUCAACAAAACAUAUUACAUUUUGACCAAAACAUUUUCAAAGUAUAUGAAGGCCAAAAUAAGAAACUGAUGCAAAUGAUGUUUAGAAAAAAACUUGGACAGCUCCAUAAAGUUUCAGAAAAACCUAGAUCUAUGUUGAACUGACCAUUUUAGCACAUUCUAUUAUAUUGUUUCACUAUUACUUUAUUUGUUGACUUAUCUCAAAUCAUCUCUCUCCCCCCCCCCCCCCUCAAAUUUACAAAAUCUCUAGGCUUAAGUUUUAUGAAAUCUGUAGGUUUAUAUUUUAUGAAAUAUGUAGGCUUAUUUUGUGAAAGCUGUAAGCUUAUGUCUUAUGAAAUCUAUAGGCUUAUGUUUUAUGAAAUUUGUAGCCUUAUGGUUUAUAAAAUCUGUAGGCUUGUUUUAUGAGGGAAGCAGUGGCUGAGUGGUUAAGCGCUUGAAUUCCAAACAUGAAGUCCUGGUUUUGAAUCUGUGAAGACUUGGAUGUAGACGGCAUGGUCUGAAAGGGGAUCUUACUUAUGUUUUAUUAAAUCUGUAGGUUUAUGCUGUAUUAAAUGUGUAGGCUUAUGUUUUAUGAGAUCAGUAAGCUUAUGUUUUAUGAAAUCUGUAGGCUUAUGUUGUACACUCAAUGUUAUAAUCUAAACACGCUUGACAAGAAUAGUUAUGUGCAUAUGUCAUAUUUACUGUAAAUGUUAUUAUUCUUUAAUGUUAUAUUUUAAAAUUAAUGAUCUUAUGCUAUGUAUGAAAAUUUGCCUGAAACUUAUAUUUAUUUUAUUGCAUUAUGGGACAUGUACCUACUGUAAAACUUGAUUUGAUUCAUUCAAAUAAAUAAUUACCAAUUA